CGAUGCCCCCGUCGAGUUAUUUUUGAGCAGCGCACGGAGCAAGAUAGGGAAGGAAGGAGCGAAGUCUGUCUGGAGUUCAGAGAGGCCUGGUGCCAAACCCGGAAUUCAGGGUGAAUUACAGGCGAACAUAGCCUACGUCGGCUUCGGUGAGGAACAAUUAAAAUUGUGCGGUGAACCUUCAGAUAAGCGGCCACGUAACAAGCACACAGAACCCCUUCCCACCCAUCCCCAACCCCCCGUGAGUUCGUUCUUUCACCGGUUGCCCCUUCAUCGAUCAUGUCGGAAGACCAAAUUAACGUCGCUGAGAACAAACUCCUCUACGAGGAAUUCAAGAGCGCGAGCACAUUGAAGAUCAUUCGAAGUUCCUUCGCCAAACUCUGCAAACAACUGGGGGUAGAUCAUCAAGAAGAAAGCCCCUUUUAUCCACGCUUUCGCGACGCCCUUCAGAACGUGUGGCAGGCCAAGGAACUCUUUAAACAUGUGGACAAACGGGCGAACAUGGAAGAAUACGAGCAGGGAAAGGCAUGUAGCGGAGUUAAGAGCCUGGUGGUGGGUGCCGGGCCGUGCGGCCUGCGCGUGGCCGUCGAGCUGGCGCUGCUGGGCGCGCGCGUCGUCCUGGUGGAGAAGCGGGACGUCUUCGCCCGCAACAACGUCCUGCACCUGUGGCCCUUCACGGUCGACGACCUCGCACAGCUCGGGGCCAAGAAGCUCUACAGGCAGUUCUGCACCGGCGGAUUGGACCACAUCAGUAUUCGACAGCUGCAGCUGAUCCUGCUCAAGCUGUGCCUGAUGGUGGGUGUCGAGGUCCAUGUCAACACCGAGUUCGUCGGCCUCGUGGAGCCCACGGCGGACAAGAAGCACGGAUGGAGAGCUUCCUGGAAGCCCGACAACCACGCCGUGUCUGCAUACGAGUUCGAUGUCCUCAUUGAAGCUGGAGGAGCAGGUGGAAAAAGACUGGACGGGUUUAAAGUGAAGGAGUGCCGCGGGCAGCUGGCUAUCGGCGUCACGGCAAACUUUGUGAACCGCAAAACCAAAGAAGAGAUCGCGGCAAAGGAGAUCAGCGGCGUGGCCUCCAUUUACAACCAGAACCUAUUCAACGAACUUCACGAAGCCACCGGCAUCAGCUUGGAGAACAUCGUCUAUUACAAGGGCGACACUCACUACUUUGUGAUGACGGCAAAGAAGCAGAGCCUGUUGGAAAAAAAAGUCUUGAAGCAGGACCAGAAGGACGCCGACAAGCUGCUGUCGCCCGAGAACGUGAACAAGGAGGCGCUGCAGAAGUUCGCGCUCGAGGCCGCCAACUACUCGACGGACAACAGCCUGCCGCGGCUCGACUUCGCCAGGAACGGCCGGGGCGACGCCGACGUGGCCGUCUUCGACUUCACGUGCAUGCGCCAGGGCGAGCACUCGUCCCUGGUGCGCGAGGUGCACGGCACGCGGCUGCUGCUGGGCCUCGUGGGGGACAGCUUGCUGGAGCCCUUCUGGCCACUGGGCACAGGCUGCGCCCGCGGGUUUCUGGCCGCGUUCGACAUGGCCUGGAUGGUGGUGGGCUGGGCAAAGGGGAAACCUCCUCUGAAGCUGCUGGCUGAAAGGGAGAGCGUGUUCAAGCUGCUGGCACAGACAUCUUCGAACAACAUCAAAUCAAGCACGAAGAACUUCAGCAUCAACCCAGCGAUGCGCUACACCAACCUCAACCUAAACGCCUGCCGACCCCAGCAGGUCGCUCCUCUGUACAUCGGUCAGAAAAAAUCGCAAGGCGCCGACAAGGCGCUGAAGAAAACUGAAGAACCAAUACCGGCCGAAAGCGUGUGCGACCCCGCGAGGCCAAAACCCGUGCCGGCGUUGCGGCGCGACAAGCUGAUCAGGUGGUGCCAGGAGUGCACUCGGGGUUACCCGGGCGUGAACAUCACGGACCUCACCACUUCCUGGCAGGACGGCCUCGCGCUCUGCGCCCUCAUCCACAGGUUCCAUCCCGACCUCAUCGAGUUCAUCAAACUAGACGCGGAGAACGCUGUGGAGAACAACCGGCAGGCGUUCGAAGUGGCGGAGCGGGAGCUGGGCAUCGCGCCCAUCACCACGGCCGAGGAGAUGGGGUGCCAGGACGGCGGGCCUGACCUGCUGGCCAUGGUGGCGUACCUCACCCGCUUCUACAACCUGCUGGGCAACACCCCUCCGCCGACCGCAGCCAUCAGCAGGAAGCGCACCACCAUCAAGUCCAACUCGCCGCUCGUCCUCGCCAGCAAGCUCAGGCAGACCUUCUACAAGAGGCGGAAGUCGUUGGAGGGGUCACGGAGAAAUGCCGUGAGGAAGCCGAAACGUGGCGAGGAAACUCCAAAUAAGGAUGCCAUCGGCGCGGACACAUCGAGCCAAACGAAGGACAACGUAAAACCUGUCCCAGCGAUCCGUAAGAAGCUGCCGUCCACCUCCAGUCAGGCUGGAGCCACACAGGACGACGACUCUGGCGAGCCACAGCCACCGCAGCAGUCCUCCAUCGAGCGGUCGUCAUCGUCGCAGAAGACGUUGAGGAGGGAGCCGCAGAGCAGCGUGUGCUUCUUCUGCGAGCAGCACGUGUACGUGCUGCAGCGACUGAGCGCCGAGGGGAAGUUCUUCCACCGCGAGUGCUUCCGGUGCAGCCACUGCGAGGCCGCCCUGCACCUCGGAGACUUUGCCUUCGACGACGAGGAAGAAAAGUUUUACUGCAAACCACAUUUCUGCUUUCGGAAGAGUCCGACCUUCAGCACGAGAAAAAGAAUGUUUGAGAAGAUGCGGCAGACUGUGAAAAUAUCUCUGGACAAUAAGAAGAAAAAGAAGGAAUCUGAGAAAAGUGCAGAAGAGUCGAAAGAAAAAUCACAAGCAGAAUUGGAAAAACCCAGCGAGCAAAAACCACUUCAGGGAACGGUGAAGAACGAGGAAAACCUUCCGGCGGGAGGUGACCGCCUGACACCGGAACAAUCUCAACCAGAAGAUGAAAAUUCAGUGGGACAAGGAUCCGUUGAGAAGACGACAAAAGCUGAGGAAAAUGCAAAACCAGAUGUCCCACACCGACCAGACACAAGCGUCACAGAGGAGCCACAAGGCAAGGACAAGGACACGGUCCCUGGUUCAGAAGAUGCUGCCGAUGAUGUGGAACAACCAAAGAAGUCGAAGAGCAUUUGGAAAAGAUUUAAAAGAAUGUUCAGAUCGAGGUCGCUGACAGAUCUCAGAGACCACCAAAAGAUACAUGAUAAAUCUGUUUGUUCUGAUAACGAGCAAGAUGACCAAGUGAAUGGUGACAAAGAAGCUAAGCUUCCACGUCGGUUUUCAAUGCGAGGGACACGGAAGAGGUUGCGUCGGACGCUGUCCCUCCCCUCUCGCCCCUCGGUGAGAAGAUCGGAGGUGCAUGCGGGAAUGUCGGGAGCGUCGUCGCGCAAGCCUCCGUGGAAGGCGGUAGAAAGCGACAGUUUGGACGCAGUGAAGCAGUCCGUGAGAGAUGCCCAAGAGCCGCCGAAGGAGACGCGGCCUCCGGGAGAGGAGCCCCAAUUGCCGGCGAGACCGACGCCGCCUCCGAAACCCCCCCGCAAUCUGUCGUUGGCGAGUCCCACGUCGCCCAGAAUUAAAGAAGCGGAGUCGAGAGACGCAGCCGCGAGGAAUGACGCGGAGGAGCACGCAAACGCCGUCCCAAGAAAGGUGGAGGUGGUCGCGGACGUCUGCAAGCCGCUGCACAUCCCCGCCGACGACGACGAGCAGGAGAAGAAGAAGAAGCCGCUGUCGGUCAGCCCGCCACGGAGCGAGAGGGACGCGGAGGAGAAGAACGGCGUGAAACUCGGGGCCGGGAAGUUGUUGGAGGAGGAGGGCAGUUCCGCGUGGAAGCAAUCGGCGCGUCAGUCGGCGUCCGGGCUUCGCCGCAAAAAUGCGACGAGGUCCAAGAUUUUUCUCAACCAGGACAGCGCGGAGAUGGAUGUCCUCCCACCUGACGUAAAAGAAGAAGAAGCUUCGUCUCUCUCGCAUCAAGACAGCGACUCGAUGGGGACCUCUGAGUCGGGCGACGAGCGAGAAGACAAGAGACCAAAGAGACGGCUGACGAAGAUGGAGCGCCAGCACCGGAUGUCGGUGUUGCAGUCGGUGCGAAGCUCUCGGCAUCACGAGCAACAGCGGCUUAACAAGGCGCAGAUGAUGCAGCGCGAACUGCAGGAGUUGGAGGAGAAGCAGAGAAUCCUGGAGGAGGAGGGGGUGAAGAUAGAGAAGACAUUAAGAGGAGACGGGGUGGACAAUGACAACCCCGUGCUGAUGCAGGAGUGGUUCAAGCUCAUCGGUGAGAGGAACCUGCUGCUGCGCAAGGAGUCCGAGAUCGUGAUCAUGAUGCAAGAGCUGGAGCUGGAAGACAGGCAAGGACGUCUGCAGCAAAGACUUGACACCCUCAGCGCCUUAAAUGCGUCGGAUUAUGAUGAAGAGGAGCAGCAGGAGCUGGAUCGACUGUUGCAGGAGAAGAUCGAGGUUGUGGAGCAGAGGAACACUCUCGUGUCCCUUCUGGAGGAGCAGAGGCUCUUGGAGAAAGAGGAAGACAAGCAGCUCUCCGAGACCCUGGGCAUGCCGAACUAAGUCUGUUCGUGAUGAACUCUAAAACGGCAGAGAGAGGUUACGUUUGGUUCCGGUGCAAAUAUGACGUAACUUCGUCUCGCUACCGAUAUCGAGUCAUCCCCAUAGCUGAGAAUUUUUGUAACGCGGCACGAGCACGAAUCACAACUGGUGGCAAUGAAGUUCCUUCUGCAGGGGAUCGUCGAAGGAAGGCUCUGGGGAGGGGAGUGGGUGACAUAAAACCAAUUGGAGCACGUUUCUGUAAAUGAGGAGAAGCUCGCCAAACAGAAAAGUAUAUCCAGGCUGGAAGCAAAUGAGAGGCAUAAUAAUAAAACCUGCAAAAGGUGAUUUGUAGACGGCAAAAGGGCACGAUUGUGACCAUGUGAUCAGUCCUCCCAUCAUGCCUUGCAUGACACGUGACAUCACCACUGUGCAUGUGAUGCACAGCUGGGUCUAGAUGCUCCCGUUUAUUUCCACUUCACCUCACCAAUACGGUCAAAUGACCCUCAUGAUCGGCACGGCGUGGGGUAGGCCUCAUCCAGCAGUGGAUUGAAAAGAGGGGGAUUGUAGACUGUUGGAGAUAUUGGGAUUUACAUGUAGACUGAGAUAUUGGGAUGUACAUGUGGACUGUUUGGAGAUAUUGGGAUUUACAUGCAGACUUAUGGAGAACUUGGGAUGUACAUGUAGGCUGUUGGAGAUAUUGGGAUGUACAUGUGGACUGUUUGGAGAUAUUUCUAUCAGUGGGCAGUUAUGACUGGAAAAUAACGUGGAUGUCUUUGCAUCCCGUUGCUGAUGUUGACAAAACGUACGGGCAUUUACCUAUGGGACGUAUUGAUCAAGAUGGGCCCUCAAUGCCAUUCUCGCACCUCUGAUUUAGCACGAUUGGCUACGUACGGUGCGAAAGAAGUGCAACAUGCAUAUGUACAAGCAAGCAAGAAGAGAUGAGAGUAAAUUAUUACAAAUUUAGAGUUUUUCAAACGUGAUUUAAUUUUAAAUCCGUGCGAUCGCACACUGUGGGCGGGGAGGGAAGGUGGCACAGUGGCGAAAUGAAGUCCCCACACAGCUCCCAUGAUCGAUAAGCUCUGGGCAAGGUUUUAAUCCAGAAGCGGAUUGACAAAGGGCUCUAAAUUUGAAGCACAAACUAUUUAAGGACAAUCCAUCGUUAUUUUGCGUGCAAAUAUCUCCCUCAGUAACGGAGGCAUCCAGUGAACAUUAUAGCAGAACGGGAGCAGUACGGGGUGGGGGGGACACGGAGCAUAAGGAAUGAAAAAAUAAACCCAUCACGCCCUCCGAGGCGAACAAAUAAACAUUCUUGGCUAUUAAAUGCAUCUAAUAAAUAUAGAAAUGCAUUAAAGAGAGUAUACGCUGACUGGCAAAACAAAAACUAAUAAACGCUUAGAAAGUAUUUUACAAAUGGCUCAAUGUUGCCCAAAUUGUGGAAUAA